AUGGAUUCGUUUGCCAACACCAAUCACGUCACAGAGGACUUACCUACAACCCUCAAGUUUGUAACAAGCACUGACGUCGAUGAGUGUAAAGAGAAUCCAUGUGAACAUGGACGCUGUGAGAACAAAGAUGGCGGAUACAAUUGUACCUGUUCACCUGGUUGGACUGGACAUGACUGUGAAAAUGAUGUCGAUGAGUGUAAAGAGAAUCCAUGUAAACAUGGCCGCUGUGAGAACAAAGAUGGCGGAUACAAUUGUACCUGUUCAACUGGAUGGACUGGUCAGAACUGCCAAAAUGAUGUCGAUGAGUGUAAAAAGAAUCCAUGUGAACAUGGACGCUGUGUGAACAAAGUUGGCGGAUACAAUUGCACCUGCUCACCAGGAUGGACUGGACAUGACUGUGAAAAUGAUGUUGAUGAGUGUAAAAAGAAUCCAUGUGAACAUGGUCAAUGUGUGAACGAAGAUGGCGGAUACAACUGCACCUGCCCACCUGGAUGGACUGGACAUGACUGCCAAAAUGAUGUCGAUGAGUGUAAAGGGAAUCCAAUGGCAUGUAAAAAUGGCCGCUGUGUGAACAAAGAUGGCAGAUACAAAUGUACCUGCUUACCUGAAUGGACUGGACAGAACUGCCAAAAUGAUGUCGAUGAGUGCAAAGAUAACCCAUGUAAACAUGGCCGCUGUGAGAACAAAGAUGGCGGAUACAGCUGCAUCUGCUCAUCUGGAUGGACUGGACAGAACUGCCAAAAUGACGCCGAUGAGUGCAAAGAUAAUCCAUGCAAACAUGGUCAAUGUGUGAACAAAGAUGGCGGAUACAAGUGUGCCUGCUCACCUGGAUGGACUGGACAUGACUGUGAAAAUGAUGCCGAUGAAUGUAAAGACAAUCCAUGUAAACAUGGCCGCUGUGUGAACAAAGAUGGUGGAUACAACUGUAUCUGCUCACCCGGAUGGACUGGACAGAACUGCCAAAAUGAUGUCGAUGAGUGUAACGAGAAUCCAUGUAAACAUGGACGCUGUGAGAACAAAGAUGGCGGAUACAAGUGUACCUGCUCACCUGGGUGGACUGGACAUGACUGUGAAAAUGAUGUCGAUGAGUGUAAAGAAAAUCCAUGUAAACAAGGCAUCUGUGCGAACAAAGAUGGCGGAUACAACUGUAACUGCUCACCUGGUUGGAUUGGACAUGACUGUGAAAAUGACGUCAAUGAGUGUAAAGAGAAUCCAUGUAAACAUGGCCGCUGUGUGAACAAAGAUGGCGGAUACAAUUGUGUCUGCUCACCUGGGUGGACUGGACAAGACUGCAAAAAUGAUGACAUAGAUGAGUGCAUCACAAAUCCCUGUCAACAUGGACGCUGUAUGAACAAAGAUGGCGGAUUCAACUGCAAAUGCGACAGUGGAUGGGCUGGACAGAAAUGUCAGCAAGAUAUUAAUGAGUGUGCUGGAAUACCAUGCAGACAUGGACACUGUGAAAACAAGGAUGGCGGAUACAAAUGUAUUUGCUUACGUGGAUGGACUGGAAGCAACUGCCGGAAUGACAUAAAUGAGUGUGUCGAAAUUCCCUGUAAACAUGGCCGCUGUGUGAACAAAGAUGGCGGUUACAUGUGUAACUGCGACCCUGGUUGGACUGGAAAGAACUGUCAGCAAGGAGGAGGGAAGAGCCUGUGCUAUAUGGGCUUCCCAGCAGCGGCCAAAGCCCUGGCCAAAGCCGAGACAGAGUUAGGCCCAACCAUGUCCUUCUUCUUGGACUGA